AUGGCCGUGAGAUAUCUGAUUGGCUAUGGUUUGGGAGUAUGGAUUACACAGCUUACAACUAAUUUUGUCCCUAGAGGAUUGGGGAUAGCUAAUCUGACUUUGUUUGACAUUGGGUUAACACCUCCACUCACAGCUUCUGCACUUGUCCAAGUUGCAGAUAUAGAGUGGAUUAAAAUUAUAUCAGGAGAUAAGAUUAGCCUAAUGGAAGGAAGUUUACAGACAGUUGACCUAUUGGUUGGUACUAAUGAUGGAAGGAGUUUUCAUGGCUCUCAGAUUGCUUACAUGAAAAUUAGGGUACACAUUGAGGAUCAUAUAAUUGACCUCAUGGAUGAUGGUGAUUUCUCAAGUCUUGUUGAUGGGUAUGUUUCGGCAGCAAGUUUUAAAAUCCAGGGAAGACUUCUUGGAAUAACAUCCCUUUAUGUCAGUUCCGUUCAGCAUUCUGGACAUGAGACAGAGCAAGCUGUUAAAGUGGAAGUCUAUGCAACACCAAGAAUCCACCCUCAUAAUAUAUUCCUCUUACCUGGUGCUUCUUAUGUGGUUACCAUGAAAGGAGGCCCAACCCUUGGUGUACAUGUUGAAUUUGCAAUUGAGGAUGAUAAAAUUGCAAGUAUCAAUCGAUAUUCUGGACGGCUCUCAGCAAUUUCAACAGGGAACACUACAGUUCUUGCCAGAGUCUUUAUCAAUGAUAAUACUGUGAUUUGUGAAGCACAUAGCAAUCUAAGAGUGGGAGUUCCAUCUACUGUUAUGUUGCGUUCACAAAGUGAACAACUUGGAGUUGGCCGUGAAUUGCCAAUUUAUCCAUCCUUUCUUGAGGGAGAUCUGCUUUCUUUCUAUGAGCUCUGUAAAAAUUACCAUUGGACUGUAGAAGAUGACAAGGUACUGAGUUUCACGGGAACAGAGAGUUUUCAAGGGGAGGAGUAUAGCACCCAGUUGGCUGCUUCAGAAGACAGUCGAGCUGGUAUUUCUUCAGAUGACAUUGAGCUUGGCUUUAUUAAAGUCUUGUAUGGAAGAUCUGCAGGGAAGUCCACUGUUGCUGUGUCAUUCUCAUGUGAAUUUCCAACUUCUGGAUCAAAGAUGCAGUCAAGGUUUUACAGUUCAUCUUUAUCAAUCAAUGUGGUGCCUGAUCUUCCCUUGGCUAUGGGAUUUCCGAUAACCUGGAUCCUUCCUCCCCACUAUACAUCCACAAAUCUUUUGCCUUCAUCUUCCGAAAGUUAUACACAACUAGAUAGUCAGAGUCACCAAGGAAUUAUCAACUAUUCUUUACUGAGAAAUUUUGGGGAGAGAAGUGAAGCGCUACAGAAAGAUUCCAUUUUCAUUGAGGGAGAUAGAAUAAAGACAACUGCAAGUAAUAAUCUAGCAUGCAUUCAAGCGAAAGACCGCACCACAGGAAGAACAGAGAUUGCUUCAUGUGUUAAGGUUGCUGAGGUGGCUCAAAUCAGAAUAACCAGUGAGGAGGUUUCACAUCGUGUUAUUGACCUUGCUGUUGGUGCUGAAGUUGAAAUUCCAACAAGCUGUUAUGAUGCUCUAGGAAAUCCUUUCUACGAAGCAUAUGAUGCAGUUUCCUUUCAUGCUGAUACUAACUACCCUGAUGUUGUCCGCAUAAACUUUUCAAAUCAUGUAAAAGGAAAUGUCCAUCUCAAGGCAAUUCGGCAUGGCAAAGCUCUCAUGCGUAUUUCACUAAGUGAAGCUCCACAAAAAUCAGAUUUCAUGCUUAUUAGAACUGGUGCCCAUAUCAAUCCUCAAAACCCAGUCCUUCACAUUGGAAGUCCUCUCAACUUUAGCGUAAAAGGUUUAGAGGAUAAUGUUUCUGGACAGUGGUUUACCUCAAAUAGAAGUGUAAUGUCCGUGGACAAGCAAUCUGGAAUCGCUGAAGCACUUGGGGAAGGUUCAGCACAAGUGUCUUUCCUAAGUGCAACUUUGAAACUGCAAACCACAGUUAGAGUUUUGAAAGGAGAUAUUGUUUCUGUGGAUGCUCCAAAAGAAAUGUUAACUAAUGUACCUUACCCUACAAAAGGAUACAAUUUCUCUGUGAAGCUCAGCAGGGACACCUACAGUAAAAACUUUGGAGCAUCAAGAGCAAAUCAUGGAGUUUCAUUUGAUUGUAGAGUAGAUCCACCAUUUGUUGGGUACACGAAACCAUGGUUGGAUUUGGAUACUGGUAACUCCUAUUGCUUAUUUUUCCCUUACACCCCAGAGCAUUUGGUGCGCUUAGUAACCAGGUCAGAAGGCAUGAGGCCAGACAUAUCUCUCUCCAUCUAUGCUUCUCUUAAAGGAGCCAAUCAUGCUUCAGGAUCUGCAUCAGCACUUUUUGUUGGAGGAUUUUCUAUAAUGGAGAUGAGCAAGAGUUCGAUGCAGCUGAAUCUGACACCGGACUGUAACAAAACUAGCAUGACCAUCUUGGGAAAUACUGAUGUUGAAAUUCACUGGCGUCACACGGAUUUAAUUAUGAUCAAUCUCAUCCGUAAAGAAGAUUUUGGUAUUGGAGGGUCUGCACAGUAUGAGAUCGAACUGCUGAAUGCCAAAAAAUUUGAAGACAAAAUCUCCAUUACACUCCCAGCUACUGGCCAGAGAGUUGAGAUAGACGUGAAUUAUGAACCUGUAGAAAAAGCGCCAUCCAUGACACUCAUUGAUGUAGCCAGCUGGGUAAUCAUGCUUGGGAUUGGUCUACUGCUAGUGUACUGGGUAUUAAAGGACACGCCAAGGAGAUCACAGCAACCCAGGGGCACUGCUACCUCGAGCAGUUUAGCUCCAAGUACUCCUGAUCGAAGCAGCCUUACUGUUGUAAAUGACAAGUCCCCACGGACACCUCAACCUUUUGUGGACUAUGUCAGGAGAACUAUUGAUGAAACUCCAUACUACAGGCGGGAAGGAAGAAGGAUUAAUCCACAGAAUACUUAUUAGACUCUGCCCACCCACUGUUAUUCAUACUACAUUUUUUUUUGUUUACCAUGUAUUCAUCCACAUUAGAUGUAGUGUAAAUUUUUUUUUUUUACCAUGUAUUCAGUAUUCAUCCACAUUAGAUGUAGUGUAAUUUCUUUCCUAGGCCAAUGUAGUUGUCGUGUAAAUUUUACUAUGUAAUACUGUGGUUCUAUGUAUGGGGAAUAUUCGAGUGCUAUGAAUUGUAAAAUUCAACCAAGUACCCUAGGGGGUGUUACUGGAGUUGUAUUUUGUAGGACCUCAGUUAAAUUCUUGAUCGGAGCUAAAUUAAUCAAGGAAUGAAUUUGUUAGUAUGAGAACUAUUUUAUCACA